AUGGCCAAUGCUCCUGUCCAAGACUUUAUUCCUUCAAGCAACAGCAGUGGUAGAACGUUUGCUCCGACUAUACGUAGGUCUUCAUCCAGUCAUAGUCUUCAUGCCACCACUGGGUCUUUAUCUGUAACUACUCAGAGACGACAGUCUAGCAACAUUCAUCAACCACGGCCUGUAUCUGAGAUGAAUGCCAACCAUUCCAUGACUAACCCCGACUACAGUCAACGGCAGAAGAGAUCUUCCAAAUCUGGUCGCAACAGGACCAACAGGCGAUCACAGAAUGUCAUCGAAGUCAGCUCAUCUCCCAGCACUGCAGAUACUGCAUCUAAUGAGUUGGAUCGAGAUGCCAUCUCAGCUACUGGCGAGCCUAGUUCUUAUCUUGUAGACAAAAGCUUGGCUGAUCAGCCAUUGGUACCAAAUAAACGAGGCCAGGUAUCGCUUAACCAUCUCAUCAACUUUUCAUUUCCACCAAGACAACAGACAAUACAAACAGUGUUGGGAGGCUCGUCAUCGCCUUUGGGUGACAGUUCUACUGCCGCUAGACGCAGGAAAAAGGAAUAUAUCGAGCCGUUCAACAAGCAACGGUUCGUGAAUGCAAACUUUCGAUUUAUCUUGACGCCCGACAACAACUAUCAGGCACCACUUUCUGAUCCUGAUAUUAUUAUUGAAUGGGAAGAUAUUGAUCAGGUUGUUUUACUUUCGUCUGCAUUGGAAAACUCGUCAAUUUGUCCAAUAUGCCUUUCUAUACCAGCCGCUCCCAGAGUCGCCAAAUGUGGCCAUGUUUUUUGCUGGCCAUGCAUCAGACACUACUUGGUGCUAGGAGAAAAGGCAUGGCGCAAGUGUCCUAUUUGCUAUGAUUCAGUCUAUGCACCCGAUCUAAAAAGUGUUUGCUUUGUUGAAGGCGGAGAUGCAAUCUCACGUCGUUUUGGUCACAGCAGUCCAUUGGGGUGUGCUGGUAAAACUGUGACGUUUACCUUGAUGAAGAGAAUGAUAGGAUCAACUAUUGCGUUGCCGAGACAUGCGUUUUCAAAAUGGAAUAACCGUGCAGCUCCACCUUGUGUCAUGACUCGGAUUCAAUCCAUGAUUACAAAAGAUGAUGAACAUGUAAACAGCCCUACUGAUUCUACUGCUUCAAUUACAAAAAACCAGGAUGCGAUGUUGUUUGGACGAAUGAUGGUAUCUACUCCAGAAUAUAUGCUACACGUUGCACAGCAAGACAGAGAUAUGUUGGCUCAGCUGCUCAAAGAGCACAUUGAGCUGACAACUAAAUUUAAGGGUACUCCUGGUAUAGACUCUGAACGUCCGUUUUUAGACUCGUGUAUAAUGGAUAUCGAGAAAAUCAUUGCUGGAGGUGGUACUAUUCGUGCAACCCCACAACCCCGAGGAAAACAACAGCCAUUCAUGGCUCGGUAUCAAACUUCUGUAUCUACACAGCAGCAUCGGCCUCACCAAAGUGAUCGUAUCUCAAAAACAGAAAAGAUAUUGCCCACACCCAAUACUCGUGCAUCUACCACGUCACCAGUUCAUUCCCAAACCAGCCAAGCGCCAUAUAUGUACUUUUAUCAAUCUGCAGAUGGUCAGCUAGCCUUUCUUCAUCCAUUAGAUGUCAGGAUUCUCAAGAGUGCAUAUGGCGAAUAUGAGCUUUUUCCUGACACGCUUACACUCAAACUCAUCUCAGCACAGGAAUCUACCAUGACUACAGAUCUACGCAAGCGGUGCAAAUAUCUCUGUCACUUGCCUUUAUCCUGCGAUGUUACAUUUUGUCAAGUAGAGUUGGAUGGAGUAGUUGAAGCAAGUGUGCUUGAACAAUUUUCAAAGGAAAUUGCAAGUCGGGCGGCAAGAUUAACCAAGCAUAUUCAAGAAGCUGAGAAAGCAUCUCAGAUGAUUGCUAAUGCUUCAGGUACUGAUUACAACACGACUGGAGUUUACCAUUCCAACUCUGGUGGUGCUUCCAACCUGCAAGACUCGGCAUGGCUGCAGCAGUCAUUUGGUGGUGCUGAAGUUGUUGGUGGUUCUCAAUCCGCAGAUGGUAGUGAUCGGAACAUGGGUUCAUUGUCACGGCCUUUGAAUGGGGGAUCAUUUGCAGAUAUGGCGGCAGUUUCUUCUGCAAGACGAGCGACAGACACGCCAUCAUCGUGGUUGCCAGGAGAUGAUUGGGGCGUGGAUGAUCGACACGGAUGGGCUGACAAUCUAGAAUCCCAAUUGAUGGAUACACAUAUUGGUGAAUCAAGCAUCACUAGUGGAGGCAAUCGGAGCAAGCGGGGAGGUAAAAAAUCGGUUUUAUUGGUUAGUAAUGGUGGUGCGAGAUCGAGAUAGACGCAACUGUUGAAAAUCUGUUUGUUCGCUAUUAGUUUAUAUUUACAACUUCUUUUUAUACUCGCUCUUGCUCAGAUAGUAUUUAGGAUUUAUUUAGAAUAAAUCCAACAUUAAUGUAGA